CUUCCUCUCUGGACGCUCAUUGGAUGUGAGACGCUGGGCACUGUAUGACGCGCCGGACAUGCUUGCUCUGGAGGUGGAGCUACUCGCUGGUCUACACUACGAUCAUUAUAAGGAUCAUGAUUUUCCACCUGUCUGUUCGCUGCAAUCCAAUGUUACGGAAAACAAAUCUGGCUGUGUGGAGAGCAUGGAGGUCAUGGAAGUUAAGCCUGCACUCAUCUACAGUUUGUGCAUCUUCUGGUACCGGUCCCCUGGACAGAUCUGAAGAACGGUCUUCCGUUUCAUCCGAAAAGCCUCCUCACACGCCUGUCAUGCUUAAAGAGGUGCUUCAUUACUUAGAGAUCCAGCCAGGUCAGGUGGUUCUAGACAUGACAUUUGGGGGUGGUGGUCACACCAAAGCAAUUCUGAAUUUGGUCCCUGAAGUCACAGUCCUGGCCUUAGACAGAGAUCCUACAGCCAUUUCUCUGGCCCAGCAAUUAGCCAAGGAAUACUGUGGUCGUGUGAAACCAUUGCUUGGCAAAUUCAGCGAUCUCGAAGCCCUGUUGUCUAACAUGGACAUUAAGCCAGGCAGCGUUGAUGCUGUCCUGUUGGAUGCUGGCUGCUCCUCCAUGCAGAUGGAUGAGGCGGAGAGAGGCUUCUCCCUUAGCAAGGAUGGGCCCCUGGAUAUGAGAAUGGAUGGGGAGAGGUACCCCGACAUGCCCUGCGCUGCUGACGUUGUGAAUACCUUAGAUCAACAGGCUCUUGCAUCCAUCCUCACUGCAUAUGGGGAAGAAAGACAAGCCAGGAAAAUAGCUUCAGCCAUUGUAGAGGCACGCCGUGUCAACCCCAUCACCCGGACACAGCAGCUGGCCAGCGUGGUGGCAGGGUCGUUUCCUCCAGCGGUUCUUUACGCACGUAAAGACCGACUCCAACGGUCUGCACACGUAGCCACUAAGACUUUCCAGGCUCUGCGUAUCUUUGUGAAUGAUGAACUGAACGAACUUCACACAGGACUCCGUGCUGCUCGGUCGUUACUGGCACCUGGAGGACGUCUCUGCGUGAUCACUUUUCAUUCACUAGAAGACAGACUGGUUAAACGUUACCUCCAGGGAGAGGACUUGUCCAAUCUAGAUCACUUCAGCCCGAGGAAACAAGGCAACGGGAAGCCAAAACUGGUAGAUGAAAACAGAGAUCGUCGGGAUGUUUAUUGGCUUCCUCUGCAGAGAAAAGUGAUUACCCCAGAAAGGUACGAUGUAAAUGAGAAUCCUCGAGGACGCUCUGCCAAACUUAGGGCCGCACUCAGAUGUUAAAAAACGUUUUUGAAAUUCUUUCUCUUUUCAUUCAAUUUUUGAGCUUUUAUACGGAUCGAUUUUUUUCAACAAUCACAAUUAAACUGGUGGAAAGCCAGUGAGGGUUGAAGGCCAACACUACAACAAUGGCCGGAUAUGGCACUGCAUAGCGAUGCAUGAAAUCUGGCGAAGAGAAAGAACAAUUCUGACUCUUCUGUGGUUUUAUUUUUUUUAUUGGCAGGUGAAAGAAAUAAUUGGUGGGAGCAUGUCUCAUAUAUCUACGGAGGUGAGAAGUGACAAAGAAAAAAAAACUUUUUUACUUAGAAAACUGGACUUUCCAAAUUGGGAUAGCUUGUUUGACUCUCAUCUCACUGUCUUCAAUCAGUGAUUGGCGCUGGUUAAGGUGUCAUCUGGAAACUUUGGUCAUGUAAUAUAGCAUUGUGCCACAUUUAACUCGCACAAUGAUGCCAAUCCAUUCACUCUAUUAAUACCGCAACGUGAUUGAGAGCUGUGAAAGCUAGUAAGUUGACCAUUCAUCUAAGAUUAAUGUGAUCUAUAGUUUAAUAUAAUUUAUAUGUACUUAAAGUUUGGCUUCGAGAAGAAAAAACUUUAGGUUGCCACUUCCAAAUUCCAAUACCGCUGGUUCAUCUUUCGCUCACCUUGCUUAGCACCAAAAACCUGUCGAAACUCGAGGUUGUUUUUUUUUACCAAAGUGAAAGUAUUUAAGUGUUUGCCUUUUGUAUUAUAAAUGUUGGACAUUUUUUCCCCGUAUCAUUGCAACACUGGUUUGAUAAAGUACUGAUUGCAUCCUGUAUAAAAUGUAUGAAUUAAAACUUUCUGUGUGCCAUUUAAAUGAAUAAGGUUUUCUUGGAUUGCAAACAGAGUAUAUAAGGCAUUUAUUGCAGCUAUAUAUCUCAAUACGUAAAAAAAAAACACCUUUUCUCAUUGACGUCUGUAUUUUCCCUGAACCUCCCUUGAUGAUUCGCUCAAGUGAAACCUCUACUGUACCGUAUGAAUCAGUAAUGCCACUAAAUACUGAAUGACGCAAGUGUAAGAAGUGGUGCUGAAUGAGCUGGUUGGUUGUUUUUGAGCAUUCUCUCACCUUCAAUCAUAAGCAGAUGAGGUGUUUUGAUCUUUACUAUUUGACUUUUACUAAUUGUAAUUGCUCCAUCAAGAUUAUUAACACUUUUUUUUUUCUUUCUCAGUUUAGUGCUCUCUAAAUAUACCCUUCUUGUUACCUUGGAAACUAAAUGGCGCAAGUAACAUUUAACUGUGUCUAAAAUGAUAUGCUGUUUAUUUGUAUUAUUAAAUAAUAUCGUGAGUUUGUUAA